AAUUCUCUCGCUUUCCCUGCUUUGCUUUGUCCUUUUUGAUCAAAUUUCUCGUAACUAGGAAGGAAGAGAAAAUGACUACGUCGACGAACCAGCUCGUAAUCUUGCCCAAGAAGGUCAAAUGGCAGCGCGCCUCCAGACCCAAAGUUCGCACUGGCUGUUUAACCUGGCAUUUGAAGUGUGAUGAGGAGAAGCCGACAUGUCGCCGCUGUCGCGAUGGCCGUGUCAAAUGCGACGGUUAUGCAACGCCCACCAAGAACCAGAUCCAGCAACGCGCUUCAAUGCCCGUCACUGGAUACACCGUCUCAUCUCUCAACCCUCGUAUAGCCGAUACAUCCAUUGAGAACUGUUAUUUUCACCACUUUCACCACUGGACCUCCACUCAACUCACCUGCUGUCCCGGCUCAUCAAACUUCUACCUCACUUAUGUCCUCCCUCUUGCGCAUUCAUGCGAACCUAUCAAGCAUGCCAUCAUAGCCGUUGGUGCCGCGCAUAGGUUCUACAUGGCGGGCCAAGAGACGUGCUCUCCACUCCAGCAGCUGAAAAGCUUGGCUAUGCAGCAGUACAACAAAUCCAUCCAGCGUAUUAUACCCCACAUGUCGAUGGAUUCUGCAUUCGACCUGCAGUGUACUCUGGUGUGCUGUUUGUUAUUCGUUGCGUUUGAGGGUAUUACUGGUCGGUAUGCCGAAUCGAUUCGACAUAUUCGCGCUGGAACGAAACUGCUCUCGUCGCCUGUUUUGAUCAAUAGUGCGAAGGAGCAGAAGAUGGCGAGGAAGCUUACGGAGAUGUUUGCGAAUCUUGGCGUUGAAGCUUCGAUGUUUUUGGAGGAUACCAUCAUUCCGGAUAUUCACUCUGGCUGUCUUGAUGUUUUGCAGUGCGGCGAUGGGUCGGACCAGCCUUUCCAGGACCUCGAUGAAGCAGCUAGCUUCUUGCGCAAACUCGACGUCGAAACCGUGGACAUCAUUUCGCAAACGCCAUAUACAUAUUCGAUGAACGACGACGGCCGAAUUGAGAUGUGUACCCUCGAAGGACCAGAGAAGCAGGAACUCGAAGCGAAAUGGGAAGAGAUGGAUGCUAAGUUCGAAGUCUGGAGUUCGCGAUUCGAGUUGACAAAGAAACACAUCGCGACAUGGGAAUGUCAAGAAUUGACAUCCCCCCAACUCACAUACCUCAACCUCCAACAAGCGUUCUGGCGAAUGGGCAUGUCCUGCGGUCCCGAAGACCUCUCCGAACCAACCCCCGACACCGCCGAAGCAUUCCUCAACGCCGCUGAGAUCUUCUCCCAGCGCCUAAUAACACCCGGCCAACCAAGUUUCUCCCUCGACGGCGAUUUGAUUUCUGGUCUUUCGGUAGUUGUAUGGUCAUGCACUGAAGGGCCGCAUCGUGCUAGAGCGCUGGACCUGCUGCGACGCUUGAAUAGACGUGAGGGUAUUUGGGAUAGUAAGGAGAUCGUGGAGAUGCAUGAGGCUGCGCUGGCGUUAGAUGAUCCCAAGUUAUGGUACAAUAUGGAGAUUCCGGGUGGUGUGCCGGGGUAUGUCGCUGAGUUGGCAAAGAUUUCGCCGAGGUUUGGUUUACAUCGCUCGGGACUGUUGAUACCGGAUUUUGAUCUCUCAGAGACACUUAGUACCUAUGAUGGAUGGGCAAACACCUACAACCAGGAUGUCGAGAAAGAAGAAUACGUCGCUCCCCAACUCGCGUCUCAAGAUUUAGUCACCCAUCUCGGCACUCAAAUCUCCUCAGCUAAAAUUCUCGACGCCGGCUGCGGAACAGGCCUCGUCGGCGAAGCGCUCACAAAGCUCGGUGCUUCAAACCUUCACGGAAUCGACCUAAGUCCCGGUAUGCUUGAAGUCGCUGAGCGAACAGGCGUGUACAAAUCACUCAAUGUCGCCAACCUCGCUGAAACGCUUGAUAUCCCCUCACAGAGUUAUGAUGCGGUCAUUUGUGUUGGGACUAUGACGGAGGGUCAUGUUGGACCCGAGGCUUUUGAUGAGUUUGUGAGAGUUAGCAAGGCUGGUGGCGUUAUUGUCUCGACGAUUCGGGAGUCGGUCUGGCAGGUGAAGGGGUAUGAGGCCAAGGUCAAUGGACUAGCUUAUGAGGGGAAGAUAAAGGUUGUAGGGAGGAAGAGGGAACAUCAGAGGAUUGGGGCUGGUGUUUAUGCAUAUUUUGUUGUUCUAGAGGUUCAACAAACCUCAAUCAUCUUUUUCUUUCUAUCAAUCAUCGUCAUCAUGGACAUUUCAAGCGUGACUAAGGCGUUCCAAUCGGAACGUCUUAUCUACCGGUCCCCUGAAGACAAUGACAAAGACAAAGAAUUCUUCUUCAAGCAUAUUGAGAACGACCCCGUUGCAAAAGCUCUCGCAGAUCCUUCCAUUCUUCGUCCCAAGAACAAAAAAGGCGUUGAAGACUUCCUGACAGAGUUCCAAAAGUCCGUUCUGGCGGUUGUCCUGUGUCUUUCUCCCGAAGAAGCCAAGCAACAGAACAUUGAAAGCUCAGAACCAGUCCCCAUCGGCUUCAUAUGUAUCGGCUGGGGCGGCACUCCCAAGAAUCGCGAACAGCAUCGGGGUACCCAUAUUGGUAUUGUCAUCGCGGACGCGUUUAGGAACAAGGGAUAUGGAGGAGAGAGCAUCAAUUGGGCGCUGGAUUGGGCUUUUAGGUUUGGUGGCUAUCAUCGUGUUGGCAUUGGCACUUUUGAGUUCAAUCAGCGGGGGCAGCAUUUGUAUAAGAAGUUGGGAUUUGUGGAGGAGGGGAGGAGUAGAGAGGCGAUUUGGUUUGAUAGGCAAUGGUGGGAUAUGAUUGAGUAUGGAAUGCUGGAGCACGAAUGGGAAGCUUUGAGGGCGAAGUCAAAGCCUGAUCAUUAGUGGAUAUCUAUAGAGUUGAUGCAGAAAGUUAGAGAGAGAUACAAUAACUCGCAAUUGUAAUUUGACAGCCACUCGCGGCCAAUAUUCUUGAUUAGUCACUAUUUACACUCUGAGGGUUAUUUUAC